AUGGGGAAAGUUGUUGCCACAGAACAACGAGAGAAGGUUAUGCUCCAGGAACAGCUAGAGACAUUGGCAAAACAACACUCGAGUCUAGAAAGAGCUGCGACCCUUACGGAUAACAACCACUUCAAUCCUCCUUUGUCGGCGUAUAGUGACAUGGAAGACGAAUUCCAUGAUGCUGCAGAAGAAUUGAGCCUGUCUGGAUCAAGACGGCAUGGAUCUGGCCCAAAUUCCGAUUCGGAGUCGUUUACAACGUUGAAUGACGCGCCACCAAGUGCAGCUGCUGGUAUGGCAUCUGCGCCUUCAUCGUUUAUGCCCACUCGCACAACCGAAUCACGUAGUCGUGCCGGCCGCGAACGGCGGUCCACUAUCCCGGAUCGUCCUGAUCUUCCUAUCAAUUUAUGGUCUAUAAUGAAAAAUUGCAUUGGCAAAGAGUUGUCAAAGAUUCCCAUGCCAGUAAACUUCAGUGAACCAUUGUCAGUGCUACAAAGGAUCACGGAAGAUCUAGAGUACGCAUCAUUGCUUGAAACGGCAUCCCAUCUAGAACCAUUCGAACAAAUGGCUUAUGUCGCCGCUUAUGCAGUCAGCAACUAUUCGACUACUGGCAAUCGCACCAACAAACCGUUUAACCCACUAUUGGGCGAGACCUAUGAGUGCGAUCGUACGAACGACCUAGGAUGGCGCAGUGUUACAGAACAGGUUUCUCACCAUCCUCCCGCAGCAGCACAUCAUGCAGAGGGGAACGGUUGGGUGAUGUAUCAAGAUUUCACUAUGACCAGUCGCUUUCGUGGUAAAUAUUUAUCAGUAAUACCUGUUGGCUACACACAUGUAUAUUUCCCUGGCACGAAAAACCAUUAUUCCUACAAAAAGAUUACGACCACUGUGCACAAUAUUAUUGUUGGUAAAUUAUGGAUAGAUAAUCAUGGUGAUAUGGAAAUAAUCAACCACGGUACUGGUGACAAAUGUGUUGUGAAGUUUUUCCCGUAUUCUUAUUUUAGUCGCGAGACACCGAGAAAGAUCUACGGUGUUGUGCAGAACUCGAAUGGUGAAGCACAGUUAGUCGUACAAGGCACAUGGGAUAAGGCUGUAGAUCUGUUCAAAGUGAUCAGGACUACCGGAAGUGGCGAGAAGACGAGGAUUGAGUUAGACGUGGAACCGCGACGCAUUUGGACCGUUAAUCCACCACAUCCUGGUGCUGAACGGAUGCACAAUUUUACAAGACUAGCAAUCGAAUUGAAUGAGCCGGAGCCGGGUGUAGCGCCAACUGAUAGUCGAUUACGGCCAGAUCAACGGUUAAUGGAAGAAGGCCGAUGGGAUGAAGCUAACAAGAUAAAGUUACAAUUAGAAGAAAGACAACGUACUGUACGGAGAAAACGCGAAGCAGAGAUGGAAAAAGCCAUGCAACAAGGACUAUCCUACGAAGAAUAUCAACCAAAAUGGUUCCAAAAAACUCAGGAUGAACUAACAGGCACAUUGCUCCAUAAGUAUAUGGGAACUUACUGGGAAUGUAAGGAGAAAGGGGACUGGUCAGGUUGUCCGUCGAUAUUUUGA